AUGGCUUCAGCAACAGGCAUUCCGGAGCACCCUCCGGAGAACAACCAUGAAGCGAGAGAGUCCGAACCUCUUCUCGGCCAGCCCGGAGAUGUCCUGCAGAAACCAGAAGAAUCAAUAUUCCACAAUCUCUACAGAGGCACCGGCUGGCUGGCUCAAGGCGGCGCCGUCCUGCUCGUCGCCCUCGUCUGGUCCUCCGUCUUUGAGCACCCGCCCUUCAUUCCGCUCUUCAGCCCGCACCCGCUCCUCCAGAGCGUCGGCGUGCUCGUCCUGGCAGAGGCCAUCCUCAUCCUCCAACCGACGUGGACCGCUGGCGAGAAGAUCAUUGGCGCCCGCGCCCACGCUUCGCUCAACCUUCUAUCCUUUAUCAUUUUCGCGGCCGGUGUGCUGAUUAUCGAGGCGAACAAAAUCAAGCAAGGUCCCGACAGCCACUUCCACUCCGUGCACGGCUACCUGGGCGUCCUCACCAGCGUGGUGCUGCUGGUUCAAUACGUGUUCGGGUUCCUGAUGUGGGGAGUUCCGGGCGUGUUCGGCGGCGUCGACAACGCGAAGGCGCUGUGGAAGUACCACCGCAUCAGCGGGUACCUCCUGUUCCUGCUGAUACUGGCCACCGUCAUCAGCGCCGUGUGGACAGACUUCAACGUCAACGUGCUCAACAUCCGGGCGUGGACUGUCGUGGUCGCCGUUGCGCUCAUCGUCCUCGGGGUGUACCCUAGGCUCCACCCGAGGAAGCUCGGGUUCAACAUUGGUCGCCACCACUGA